UAGCAUUAACAUUAGAAACGCUUUUUGAAACAAAUAUGACAAAUCCUCUUUGUACAACCAAAUUGGGAUUAAAUAGUUGGGACUUAUUUAUUCUUAUUGGAAAUCAAGGAAUAGAAAUGAUUACUGUUCGUCCAUUAACAGUUAUAUUAAUUGCUCGUCUCUAUCGAUGUUCGAGUGAAGAUCAACGAGUCUUGUCUCGAUCAUUGCCAAUUAUGAUUAGUGUAGCUCAACAAGCAAUAUCGAAACAUUUUAUUGAUCCACCUCAACAAUAUCCAAAUGAUGGAAAUGUUUUAAGUUUAACAAUUUGGAGCGAUUUUGUUGGCUUCAAUAUAAAUGAGAAUAUAAAAACAAAUUCAACAUUUUAUAAUGAUUUUUGUAUAAAUACUAAUGUUCUCAAUAGAUUUAACUUAGCACGAACUGGUCCUAUACCAUUUUGUGAUGAAACACAAUUAUCAAAAUAUAAUUACACAUUACCAUCCACUUUGAAAGAUGUUAUGUAUAAAAGAAAUCCAAAUUAUUGGGGAAAAUUUGAAGUUAAUCAAAAAACAUUUCGAUCUCAACGAAGUGGAAUAUUAUUAUUUAAUGGAGAUUUAGAUUAUCAUUCUCCAAUGUCAACAGCACAACAAGUACAAAAAUUAUUUCAAUCAAAAUCUAUUCGAACAAAAUUAAUUGAAAUGAAAGGUUUAACUCAUGUUACUGCGAUUCAAUCUUAUACAAAAAAAGGUGGUUUGCAAUCGUCAACAUGUACACAACAAAUUAUUCUUCAAUUUUUAUAUCAACAACAAUUAAAUUUAGAUUUGGAAACUAUUAAUUAUACGUGUAGUUUGAAAGAAAAUUUAAUUGGAAUCGAUUGGUUUUAUUCAGAUCCAACUGUUAAUCAAACAUUAUACAUUGUGUUUGCUAAUUCAACAACAAAUUAUUGGGGAAUAAAUACGACUGACAUAGAAGUUACGCCAAUAACAAAUGAGUCUAACAAAUUCGACACUAAUUUAUUCUUAUUUAUCUUACUGAUUUUUUUAUACUUCUAG